CAGACUUCUACAGUUUUUAAUGGGAUUGAAUGAGAGUUUUAGCAGUAUUAGAAGUAACAUUUUGGCUCGGAAACCAGUAGUAACUGUGAAUGAGGCAUAUGCAGUAGCAGCACAAGAAGAAAGUCAAAGAGCAUUGGGAGUUUCAGAGAGAACAAGAGAUCAUUUAACUCUCUUAGCAGGAAAAGCUCAGACAUGCACUCCAAGCCAAAGAAGUUUGUGCCUCCUGAUACAAUAUGUGAUCAUUGUGGAUUCAAAGGUCACUAUAAGAUUGAUUGCUACAAAUUGGUAGGAUAUCCACCAGGAUUUCAAAGCAAAAGAAAAGGAACUGCUGGUUACAAGAAUGACUACAAAGCAGCUGAAGGUUUUAGGCCUGACUUCAAACCAAAUGCACAUUUCACAAAGAAUGUUGAUGACUUCAAUGAUAGAAGAAAGCAAGCUGAAGGUGCACAUUUCACAAGGAAUGUUGAUUACUUCAAUGAUAGAGGAAAGCAAGCUGAAGGUCACAUGACACCACCUCAAUACCAAGAUCUGGUAAACAGGAUGGAUAGAGCAGAAACAUCAGAUUGUGUUGCUAAUAUGUCAGGGACUCUACGAUGGCAAGGUGUUGGGGAUUGGUAAAGAGAGGGAAGGAUUGUACAUUUUGAAGAAACAAAUAGUCACCAGUGCAUGCUAUGGCUACUGCAAAUAUGAGUAGAGAUGCAACAUUAUGGCAUUUGAG